ACCAAAGUUUCCAGUAGUUGUCAAGAUUGGCCAUGCACAUUGUGGCAAUGGGAAGGUGAAGGUGGAGACUCACCAUCAGUUCCAGGAUAUAGCAAGUGUUGUAGCACUGUCAAAAUCCUACGCUGCUACUGAACAAUUUAUAGAAAGCAAAUAUGAUAUACAUAUACAAAAAAUAGGAACGCAUUAUAAAGCCUUUCUACGUAAAUCAAUCUCUGGUAACUGGAAAGCUAACACUGGCUCCGCUAUGCUGGAACAAGUACAGAUGAAUGAUAGGUACAAGUUAUGGGUAGAUGAAUGCAGUAAGAUAUUUGGUGGUCUAGAUGUUCUAGUUGUAGAGGCAAUACAAGGUAAAGACGGCAAAGAAUAUAUUAUAGGGGUAAAUGACUCAGCAAUGACACUGCUAGGGGAGACCCAGGAGGAAGAUCGUAAACUAAUUAGUGAAUUAACUCUGUCAAAGAUGCAAGCAACCUUAAAACCAGUCCAGACUUCCAUGAAAUCAUCUAGCAAUAGUUCUGUCAUUGGUUACACCAUGAAUGGUAAUGGUUCCGGUAUGAGUCUAGGCAUGGCUGGGAGCCAGCCAUCAGCUUCCUCUGCUGGUAGACCUCAACAAGUAGCCGGGCAACAGCAAAGGCAGCAUCAUGACCCAAGAGGUCAACAAGGUCAACCUGGACAACAACAACAGAUGAAUGGUAGUUCAAGACAACAGCAAGUUAACGGACCUCAAUCUCAAGGCCUACCACACGCCCCGUUACCCCAGCAACAACAACAACAACAAGGUUUACCCCAUGCCCCACCUCAACAGCAGCAACAACAACAACAAAGGCCUCCACCCCAGAAAGAAGGACCAAGAGGUCCCCCUCCUCACAACAUGGUGCACAGACCCCCUCCAAUGCCCGGUGAGGGACCACCACCUCAACAACAGCAACAACAACAACAGAGGCCAAUGGCACGGGGACAGUCCAAGGACGGUGAAGAUGAUACGAUGAAAAACCUGCGGAAAACUUUUGCUGGAAUAUUUGGUGAUAUGUAACAUCUCUCAAAGAUUUAGGACAUUGUAGAAUAUAAAAAUCGUUAAAAAAUUAUCUCCCUUUCUGACCAUUUAAAGCUCAGACUGGGUGAAAAAAACUGAUAUUUUAAAACAAUGCAUAAUAAUAAUUGAGCCGCGCCAUGACAAAACCAACAUAAUGGGUUUGCGACCAGCAUGGAUCCAGGCCAGCCUGCGCAUCCCGGCAGUCUGAUCAGGAUCCAUGCUGUUUGCUAUAUGUUUCUCUGCUUGUUAUAGGGUUUGUAAGCGAACAGCAAACCUAUUAUGUUGGUUUUGUCAUGACGCGGCUCAUAUAAUCAUAUAAUACUGUAUACAUUGUAAGUUUUGUUAUCACUAGAGUUGAGAAAUUUGUAUAUUAUUGUAAUUGUUUAUUAUAUAUAUAUAGAGUAGAAGGUCAAUUACUGCCAUUUUUAUGAUGUUACAUGUUAAAAUAAUUGUUCACAAAAUAGUAAACACUUCUUAUAACUUUGAAUACGUUAAAUCUUGUAUUAUAUACAUAUUGAUAGGAUUCAGUGAAUGUAAAUUAACAAAUUGUAUUAUUAAAAACUAGCUUGAAGUGACCUAUUGACAUCAUGUUGAUGGAGUAGCCUUGACAAUGCCAACUAGACUUCAUUUUGAUUCAGUGAACUUGUGAUAGUCAACCUGACCUUGGUUAUCAAGAUCUCAUGUCGAUGCAGUGACCUUGCCAAAGUCACCUUUACAUGAUUUUGAUGCAGUGACCUUGCCAAGGUUAUUCUGACCUCAUGUUGAUUCCGUGACCUUGUCAUAGUCAUCUUAACCUCAUGUUUAUGCUGUGACCUUGUCAAUGUCACCCUGACCAGUUAAAUCAGUGACCUUGCUUAAAUCACCCUGACCUCAUGUUAAUUCAGUGACCUUGCUAAAAUCAACUUGACCUCAUGUUGAUUCAGUGACCUUGCUAAAAUCAACUUGACCUCAUGUUGAUUCAGUGACCUUGCUAAAAUCACCUUUUAACUCAUAUUUAUGCUGUGACCUUGUCAUAGUCACCUUAACCUCAUGUUGAUUCAGUGACCUUGUCAAUGUCACCUUUACCCCAUAUUUAUGAUGUGACCUUGUCAAAGUCACCUUGACCUCCUGUUAAAUCGAUGGCAUUGCUUAAGACAUCUUGAGCUCCUAUGAAUUAGUCACUCAGACUUUCUGUUUCUCCAGGAACGAUGGUUAGGAAACUACCCGCCUAUAUGAAUGAAAUACUGUUGGAAAAAGGCGUAAAAUGAAACAAACAAACAAACAAAAAACUUUCUGUUGAUAACUGUUCAUUAGUAUGCCGGUAUUAACUUUUUUCUGUACUUUCAAUAAGACUUGUAUAUUGAGAUAAUAAUUUUUGAUGAAUCAGGAAUUCAAAGAAAUGUAAUACUAAAAUAUUUUAACAUUUUUGUCUAUAUUUUAUGAACAAUUAUUUGAUAUGUGACUGUACUGUAUAUUAUAUAGAUAUAACCUGUUUAAUAUUUCUUGUUAUCUUUUUUUAAUUCUUCAUCCUAAAACAUGUUAACAUUCUCAUUCAAAUCAAAGACUUGGAAUUAUUUGCAUUUCAGUAUAUAAGAGCAAGUUGGGUUUUAAUUUUAAAUAAUGCAAAUUUUGCUAUGCCUGUAGCAAGUGCUGAUAGAAAGAAAAUAACCGAAUAAGUUUACAAAGAAAUAAUUCAUAAUUAAGUUUCAUAAUACAUGUAUAAUUUUAUAUAUUUACUUUGACUUUGAGAUUAUUUUUAUUAUUAAUUGGUGCAAUUCAAUGUAAGAUUUUAUUAUUCUUACUCAGUCC